CGAAGAAGAAGAAGCUUGAGAUAUAAAUUAGAAAACCCUAAUUUGGUUGUUCCGGUGCUGCAAGGGCUCAACGCAGGAGGUGAGUGGUUGUGUGUGAGAAGAGAAGAGAAGAUGACGACGCGGUUCAAGAAGAACAGGAAGAAGAGGGGUCACGUGAGCGCCGGUCACGGGCGUAUCGGGAAGCACCGGAAGCACCCCGGAGGGCGAGGUAACGCCGGUGGCAUGCACCACCACCGGAUCCUCUUCGACAAGUACCAUCCAGGGUACUUCGGGAAGGUCGGAAUGCGGUACUUCCACAAGCUCCGCAACAAGUUCCACUGCCCCAUCCUUAACAUCGACAAGCUAUGGUCCCUUGUCCCUCAGCAAGUUAAGGACCAAGCCUCCAAGGACAACAAAGCGCCUCUCAUCGACGUCACGCGGUUCGGCUACUUCAAGCUUUUGGGGAAGGGCGUUCUGCCGGAGAACCAACCCCUUGUCGUCAAGGCCAAGCUCGUCUCCAAGAUCGCCGAGAAGAAAAUUAAGGAGGCUGGAGGCGCUGUUGUUCUCACCGCUUGAUUUUAACGGUACCGAUUAGGGUUUUUUGUUUUCUUUUUUUAUCGAUACGUUUUGUUUUUUAUUUACUGUCAUUGUUGCUUAGGCUUUAAAUCAUUAUGCUCUUUUUUAAUUUGGUCUAUUGUGAAAUUGGGAUUGAAUCGAAUUUUGGAAUUUGUUGAACA